UACACCCGGACAAAUUGGGCGUGGCUUCCUGCCCUUUCGGGAAGUCGAGAAUAAAGUCUCCAAAGAGUUUUUAAAACUCAGCCAAGCCAACAAAGCGGGGCAAAGAUGCACUACUAUCGUUAUGAAAAUGAAGAGGUCAGCUGCUGCUACAAGUACCUCAUGUUUAGCUACAACAUAAUAUUUUGGCUGGCUGGAGCAGCAUUCAUUGCCAUUGGGUUCUGGGCCUGGAGUGAGAAGGGUGUGCUGUUGGACCUGACCCAGGUGACACGGCUGCAUGGCUUUGACCCUGUGUGGCUGGUGCUGGCUGUGGGAGCGAUCACCUUCAUCCUGGGCUUCGCAGGAUGUGUAGGUGCACUCAGGGAGAACAUUUGCCUCCUCAAAUUUUUCUCAGGGGUCAUCGGGUUCAUCUUCUUCCUGGAGCUGACGGCAGCCGUGCUGGCGUUCGUCUUUCAGGACAACGUCAGGGAGUGGAUCAAUGACUUCUUCCUGUCCAAUGUCAAGGCCUACAGGGAGGACAUCGACCUGCAGAACCUCAUCGACUCCCUGCAAAAGAUGAACCACUGCUGCGGAGCCAAGGAGCCUGAUGACUGGAACCUGAAUCUUUACUUCAACUGCACCGUCAACAACCCCAGCAGAGAGAGAUGUGGAGUGCCCUUCUCCUGCUGCCUCAGUGACCCUGCAGACACCGUUUUAAACACCCAGUGUGGAUAUGAUGUCCGUAAAGGUCCAAAGGGGGUCUGGAGUAACGCCAUUUACGUCAAGGGCUGCAUCCCAGCCUUGGAGGAGUGGCUGCCUCGGAAUAUCUACAUAAUAGCUGGAGUAUUCAUCGUUAUAUCUGUACUCCAGAUGAUGGGCAUCUUCUUUGCUCGGACACUGAUCGGUGACAUUGAGAAGGUCAGGUUUCACUACUACUGAGUGGUGUGGUGAAAUGCAUAGGCCUACAGAGGACAGUACUGGGACUAUCCACCAUACAUUCCUCCCUAUCUCUGAUCUCUCUCUGAGGCAUGGCAAGCGACAAGAAUACGUCUAUACCCGUGGCUUGUUAUCUUUGGACUGUUCUGUCAGUCUCUGGAGAUGGGAUACCUCUGCAAGAGCCUGCACAGUGGACAUUUAAUCCGCCUUAUUCAACUCAAGACUCUUAUGUGCCUUCUCUCACAGGAUUGCAGUCGGACUUAAAAAUACACCCUGGGUUUCCCUUUGUUUUUGUAAUUAGAUACAUUUUUGUAUGGUUUGCCUCAGACACAGUGAAUGUUUUCCUCUUUCCCGGCGACAGUCUUAACCAAUAAACCCAGGUAGAUUCCUGGGUCAAUACAUCAUACCUCAAUGAUCCAAAAACAACAAUUUAAGUCGCCGCACAGGUUUAAAAGGUGUGUUCUCUAGCCUUCAGCGUUUCAUGAGUAGAAUGGUAGCAUAUCAGACUGGGGGAGGAGUAGGAGUUUACCACGUCAGUGCAGCUGCAAUGGCUCCGAUAUAAGACCUCGCCCUAGAGCUCAAUCUGAAACAACAGGAUUUCGGCACUGUUAUGUGACAGGCUUUCAACUGGCACCACCAUUGUCCCUUACCUCAGCUAAACAUGAGAAAUGCAGCUCUAUUUUAAAGGUAGACUCAGUAGAUGCAGACAGUAAACUGCAUGGUGGGUCAAUUUCCACAACAAAGUGUGAGCCUCAACUUCUUUUUUUUUAAUUUAAAAUUCUCUACCUACAAUGCUGUAACAGAGUGAAGCAAACCCGUGCAGAUACUCUGUUGAGCGCAAAGUAUUGCAUCUUGCUCAUCUCUAUCUGUGGUGCUGCUCGUGGCAGUCAUCUAGCAGAGUCUACCUUUUUAAACCAUUAGAAUCAGUCUGCAGCCGGUCAAAACCAAAAGUGCACAGCUGAACCUCUGACCUAUUGUCCAUCAUGCCUUGUCUUUUCUAGCAGUCAAGUGUCUCUCAACUUGUCAUACAUACUUUGUCAUUCCACAAUGUGUACUGCAUCAUGCCAACUAGUGUUGCGUAUCGGUCAUGUAGACACAACUUAAGGGAAACGACUGUUGACGCAAUGUGUGUGUGUAGAUGACAUGCUUUAUUUUGAUCAGUCUUAGAUGACCCCUAAGUGAAGUAUUAGUUGUUAGCUUGUUGACUCAAGAGUAGCUGAGUUAGAUUAUUUUACUGUUGUGUUGACUCCAGCCAAGGAAGCUUGGGCAAGUGCAGCAGUGGAGACAGAGCCCGGAGUCUCUCACCCAGACAGACGGGGAGACACAGAGCCCGGUGUCUCUCACCCAGACAGACGGGGAGACACAGAGCCCGGUGUCUCUCACCCAGACAGACGGGGAGACAUCCAGAGCCCGGUGUCUCUCACCCAGACAGACGGGGAGACAUCCAGAGCCCGGUGUCUCUCACCCAGACAGACGGGGAGACAUCCAGAGCCCGGUGUCUCUCACCCAGACAGACAGACAGGGAGACAUCCAGAGCCCGGUGUCUCUCACCCAGACAGACAGACAGACAUCCAGAGCCCGGUGUCUCUCACCCAGACAGACAGACAGGCAGACAUCCAGAGCCCGGUGUCUCUCACCCAGACAGACAGACAGGGAGACAUCCAGAGCCCGGUGUCUCUCACCCAGACAGACAGACAGGGAGACAUCCAGAGCCCGGUGUCUCUCACCCAGACAGACAGACAGUGAGACAUCCAGAGCCCGGUGUCUCUCACCCAGACAGGGAGACAUCCAGAGCCCGGUGUCUCUCACCCAGACAGACAGACAGUGAGACAUCCAGAGCCCGGUGUCUCUCACCCAGACAGACAGUGAGACAUCCAGAGCCCGGUGUCUCUCACCCAGACCGACAGACAGGGAGGCAUCCAGAGCCCGGUGUCUCUCACCCAGACCGACAGACAGGGAGGCAUCCAGAGCCCGGUGUCUCUCACCCAGACCGACAGACAGGGAGGCAUCCAGAGCCCGGUGUCUCUCACCCAGACCGACAGACAGGGAGGCAUCCAGAGCCCGGUGUCUCUCACCCAGACCGACAGACAGGGAGGCAUCCAGAGCCCGGUGUCUCUCACCCAGACCGACAGACAGAGCAGCAUGGGCCACUUGAACCACAGGUGAGAUCUGAUCAUAGUGCUCAUAUCCCAUCAACCUAUAGCCGGGAUCGUGCUGUGAUCACAUCACUAGACCUGGUUAUCUGCCUGCAUGGUGAAAGUUUUGAUUGAGAGAUUGUAUUCACCUAUAAUGUCUUGAAUAAUUUUUACUGUCUUAUCUUGAUGAUGAUGUUUUUCUAAACACAUUCACAAACGCAAACCCAGUCGGCGCCUUUUUAAUUUUAGCUUGAAAAUGUGCUGAGCUGUUCCACUCUGCUCUUGUUAGAUAUUAAAUACAAUGCUGUCUGAUCGGGCUGCCCGGGGGCACUUUAUGUAGAAAAGAUACAAUUAUAACUGUACGGGAUGUCUUGAUGCCCAACUCGUGUCUCCUCUGCUCAGCCUUUACACCUCAACAAGACACCCAGCCCACAUCCAAGUGACCUCUGGCCACAGAAUGAGCACAGACUUCCUGAAACAUUACUCCAAGCCUUCUGAAAGUGUUUUCAGCGGCAGUGUUUGCUGCAAGCUAGAUAACUGCUUGAGCUUGCUUUACCUUCAUCCUGUCCAAUGAUGCCCUGCUCAUUCCCCCUCCACUGCUGUCCUCAUACCAGAAUGGGGUGCGUUACAGAGCCAUCUAUGGCAGGUAGCCUAGCGGUUAAGAACAUUGGGCCAGUAAUCGAAGGGUCACUGGUUCGACUCCCCAAGCCUGCUAGGUGAAAAAUCUGAUGUGCCCUUGAGCAAAGCACUUAACCCUAAUUGCUCUGUGUAAGAGUGUCUGCCGAUUGACAAUGUAAUUGUUGAAUGAGGAUAUCUUUACAGCUGAUGAAUGCUAUACUUGAGCUAUAUGUCAUACAUUACAAGAUCAAAUUUUCAUUCAGGCCUUCAACUCCCAUUUACACAUCUGAUGGUCUAGGUCUUUUAUGUAGUUUAACAAUGUUGUGUGCUUGUGUUAGAUUGCUUCCAUGUGAUCAUGGGAGUGUUUUUAACAAAAGGGACUUAUUUUAUUUCCAUAUGUAGAUGUUCUCUGUUUUACCAAAUGACAUUUUGUAAAUGUGAAUUCUCUUAAUUCUGGAUAGGUUUUUAUAAGCAAUAAAGUAUGUUGUCCAAUUUU